CAUUAUCACAGGUCAACAUUAUCUGACAAAGCUACGUAAUGGCAUCAGCAUAUGAGCGCGUAAAAAAGUGGCGACUGAUGCAUAAACAAAAUCAUUGUGUUGUCAACUUAAGUACGAGUGACAAUGAGCAGUUAGACCCAGUGGACACCGAUGGACAGUCUGGACAAUGUCUAAAUGAGAUUAAGUCGGACAUGAGAAAGGAUGUAUCCAUGACUAACUCAUCAACAUCAAAUGCUUCUGCGUGUUCGAAUACCUGCAAUUCAUCGAUAAAUGAUUGUGUCAAAGCUGCUGCGAUGUCAAUGCUGAGGAGAAUCCCACAGGAGGUGGUGGUCAUGACAACAUAUCGUCGGAUAAUUCGAGUAUUGCCUCUACUGUCUCAAGUAAUCAUGACGAUCGAGCCGCCAAUGUAAAUUUCCAAGUCAUUCCUAACGUAAAACAAUGAAUUCAGCAGUGGGCAUUGAAACAUCGGAGUAAUGUGUCCCAUUUAUUCAUGUUGCUGAUGACGCCAAAAAAUUUAAAAUCCCUCUUGAGGAUCUUUCGGGUUUUUGGGGUGAAAAUUUUAUUGGAAUUUUCAAAAAUCUGGUCAAAUCUCAUAGUAAACCCCUAACACAGAUCAUUAAUCGCUUGGAUGAACAGCAGACUGGAAACAAUAUGAAAAUACAAAAAAAAUACGUGUUGAGUAACUGGGUUCUUUCUAAAAAAUCAGAGGUAUUCGAAAACUGGGUGACUGCAGAUUCUGUGAAAAUUCAUGAUGUUAUUUUGAAAGCAACACGGCCAGACAAUAUUAUUCAACUGACCAAUGGAGAAAUUUUUUCAAUCGAGAAAAUUUGGGUGAAAAAGCAGCUACCAAAGUUCUUCAAUGACCUUCGGGAAAUUAGUUUUGAAGGACGAAAGGGAAGCGACAUAAGAGAUGUUUUCAGUCACCCAACUCCCUCAUCAGAUAUUGGUAUUUUGCAGAUGAGAGGUUUCCAGAUCACGACUGUAUCAAUCACGGCUUCACAAUACCGUUCAAAAUGUUGUCUGUUACAUGUCAACUCCAAAAAGUUUGUAAUAAGAUUGUUACAUUCGGAAUUUGUAAAAUUUGAAGAUGAUUGAAGGGUCGAUUGGAGCAUUGAGGGUUGCUCAGUAAUCAAUGAAAUUUGAGAUUUAAAUUAAUUAAAAAAAGCUGAAGUCCGUCAACUAAAAAUUAUGGUUCAUAAAUAAAUUCAAGAGAAAUCAAACCUUCUUAUUUCUAUUAGUGGAUAUUAUUAUUACGCAUUCAUCUACGA